AUGACCAUUUUGGGCCGCCAGCAGCUCGUUCAAGUUUUCGAAAAUCCCGUUCCAGAAAAGUUCGAUGUGAUUACGGCUUCGACAGCUGAACUGAAGCUCUCGGGCAAAGCUUAUUUAGCGCACUCGUGGUGGCCAAAUUAUGAAUGGACCGUUUGCUUAUGUCCCAACUGCGCUGCCCAUUUAGGAUGGUAUUUCCAGUCAGGUAACAUCCAGUCAAAAACGCACAAAUCUUUCGUUGGGCUUGUACUGGAUUAUCUGAUCAGUAAGGAAUGUAAGUUUCACGUUAAUCUUGAUUACGCAAGAACUGGGACGUGUGUUUGGAAAACCCACUUCAAGUAUUGAAU